GCAUGAGCCUGAAGUUCAGAUGUGAUAAGUGUAAGGUGUACUGUGAUGACAUGUCACCAGCGCUCAGUCACAUCCGAGAAAGAGCCCACAGGAAGAAAGCCAAGGAGCUGCAGAAGCUGACGCUGCUGUUGAAGAUCCCUCCUCCUGGAAAAGCCCAGUGUCAUUCGCUCAGCUCGGCUCUGGAAAGUGUGGUCGCUGAGUUCGGUUUAAACGAUCCGGAUAUGAAACGACGGCAGAACAUCCUCACUCUCGUUGAGAAAGUCCUUCAGCCUGUCCUUCCAGAUUGCAAGUUCAGGUUAUACGGAUCGUCCUGCACAAGAUUUGGCUUCAAAGACUCUGAUGUAAACAUUGAUGUGAAGUUUCCAUCACAUUUCCAGCAUCCUGAUGUUCUGCUUGUGGCUCAAGAGCAUCUCUCUAAAAGCGCUCUUUUUGUCAGUGUGGAGGGAGACUUCCACAGGAGGAUGCCUGUAGUCGUGUGCAAAGAGAAAUCAAGUGGUCUGAUCUGCAAAGUCAGCGCAGGCAAUGAAAGUGCAUGCUUGACAACAGCAUAUUUGACUGAGCUGGCGAAUCUAGAACCACAACUCGUCCCGCUGGUCGUAUGCUUUAGAUACUGGGCUAAGAUCUGUUGUGUUGACCAGAUGGAAGAAGGUGGACUUCCAUCCUACUGCUUUGCCCUCAUGGUCAUCAGCUUCCUGCAGCGAUGCAAAGAACCUGUCUUACCUUCAUACCUAGAAUCUGUGGGUUUGCACGUGAGUAAACUGAAGAGUUUCUCCUUAACUGGAGUUGAAAAAGGACAUGUGCUUUGGGUAUAUGAUCAAACCUCAAGCGACUCGUCCCAAGAUAAAGCUGUCAAGAAGGGAAAGUGUCCGCUGGUUUUCAAUGGCCGCAGUCCUUCUGUGCUGCUAGGGAAGCUGUGGAUCGAGCUAUUACGAUAUUAUUCACUGGAAUUUCAAAUACCUGAGAAAGUCAUUAGCGUGCGCACAAACGGUGACCUAUGGCGUGAUCUGAAAGACUGGCCCAAAAAGAGGAUUGCAAUAGAAGAUCCAUUCGCCAUCCAGAGGAACGUGGCCCGGAUGUUGAGUAGUCAGAUGAUGUUUGAGUAUUUGGUGCAUUGCCUCAAAACAACUUACAAGUACUUCGCUUCUCCUUCAAAAAGCCCAGCAGGGAAGGUCAGUUCAAGCAGUCAGUCUGGCAAAUCUGUGAGAGCUGCGAAUCAUGUUGAUUCAGUGAAGAGAAGCCCGAGAGUGGCAGCGGAGGGUUUGAACAGGUCCCGUGUGAGGUCCAGUCCGCAGAGCGCAGAAGAGCUGGAAGACUCGGACUGCGUGAUUGAGCUGGAGCGGGACGAGGAGCACACACACACACAGACUGAGGGUGAAGAUGAGGAAGAUGAAGGGUCUGGAUGUGAUCAUUGGGGCGAUGAGAUCUUCCCGUUCGAGCGGGAGAUGAGUGAUGAUGGGGGGUCUGAGGAAGCAGCGUCUGUCCUAAAUAAACCCAAAGCUGAGCUUACCAAAUCCGAAUCUUCUCCGACGGCUCCUGAAGGAUUUCAGUAUGUCUUCAGCAAGCGGUUCUUCAGUAAUGGCAAGUCCCCCGUUCUGAUAUGCAGCCUUUGUAAGAGCGAUGGGCAUUCGAAACAGGACUGUCCCGAGGACUUCAAACGAAUGGAGCUUGAACCCCUUCCACUUAUGACUCUAGACUUCCUCCAGAUCCUCAAUGAAGUCUGUGAGCAAUGCUACCGUGACUUUGCACCAGAUGAUGUGGAGGUGAAAGUCAGAGAACAUAUUUUACAAGAUUUCGAGACUUUCCUGAGAUGCCAAGUGCCAGGAGCCAAGUUGGUUUUGUUUGGCUCGUCCAAGAAUGGGUUUGGCUUUAAACAGAGCGACUUGGACAUCUGUAUGACUCUAGACGGCCAGGACACAGCAGAGGGUUUGGACUCCAUGGCUGUUAUCGAGAGUUUGGCUAAAGCGCUGCGGAAACACCACAGCCUGAGAAACAUCCUACCUAUUACUACCGCAAAAGUCCCAAUUGUGAAGUUUUACCACACCAAAACUGGACUAGAGGGAGAUAUAAGCUUGUACAAUACACUGGUGAGAGAAUAAACCCGACACAACACUAUUAAAUGGACGU